UCAAGUCGGUUCGUGAUGGCGGAUGAGAGUUCCGAUAAACCUUGUGUCAAAAAAGAAGCUGAUUUUAAACGAAUUUUACCCAACAAUUCUAAGGAAAUUACUAAUAUUACUAACGGUGAUCAUCAAGUAAUGGAACGAGAAAGGGUAAAGAAAAAGCCAGGCAAGGCUGUCAUAAUAUCUGGCACAAGCACGGAACCUCCAAUACAUGAUAAACCAAUCGAUGUGUCUGAUACAAGUGAAUAUGUUAUGGAAUACACAGAUAUAUUUGGAUCCAACUCUGCCUCUGGUGUCGUCGAUUCUGAAGGAGAAGUCGAAGAAAGUAGUGAUACAGAAAUAGUUGGACACAGUAAAGAGAAUGCUCAUUAUACGAAAUCUGGAGAUGAUGAGGAGGAGGAGGAGGAAGACGAAAGAGAAGAGCCCCCUCCAUUAGAGAGUGAGGAUGAUUAUGAAUAUGAUGACAGUGACCUAGGACUCUCCCCUCCCCCCAUGGGAAGUGAUGGCAGUGACCUAGAUGGCUAUGUGUUAUCCUCAACAUAUACCUCCCCAGCUAAGAGUCUAUCAAGCGUUAGUGAUAACAUCAAAGGGGAAAAGGAACCGUUAUUCAAGCCUAAAGUGGACAGACGGGAUAGCAAGGAGAGUGACCUUGGAUACAGGGAAGGACCACCGCCUCUAGAUAGUGAAGAAGAACCAGAAGAAGAGGGGCUAAUGCAGAAUGGAGUCAAUCAUAGUGAUUUAGAGGAAAAUUACGAAGAAAAAGGAGAAGGAAGUGAAAAUGAACCGGAUAUACAGCGUGACAUUGGCAGUAGAGGAAACCGUGACACGGAUAGUGGGGAAAACCGUGACACGGAUAGUGGAGAAAACCGUGACACAGAUAGUGAGACGGAACGUGACAUACAGCGUGACAUCGAUCGUGACACACAACCUGCCAUCAAUCAUGAAGUAAAUAGUGAAAUUAAUCAUGAAAUCGACCGUCCUAUUCAGCGUGACAUUGAUCGUGAAAUCGAUCGUGAAAUAGAGGGUGUCAUGCAACCAGAAUCGGAAGAAGAACUUGAUCCUGAUGAAACAGUAGAAGAACUACAAGAAAAUGGUCCCGAGGACGAAUUGGACGAAAAUGAUGAAGUACUGGUUACUCCAGAAACCACAGAAGGUGCAGACGAACAUGAAAAUGUUGAAAGACAGGAAACAUUCUUACCGUUCGAAGACGAAGAGCUCGACUUACACCAGGAAAAACGUGUAGAAUCCCCGGUGAGCUCCAUCUCCCCUGAACCAAGCCAAAUCCCCGAGGGAGAUGGCUACACUGACUCAGAGACCUCGGAACCAAAUCAACCAAUGAUGAGACAGGAAACACCAGACAUCAUGUCUGAUCCUGAAGCUCCUUUAUUAAACGACGACCCAGAACCAACGUUUGUCCCAGUGAUUCAACAACUUAAGAAAAACAAAGUGUCCUUGAAAGAAAAAGGAAAUACCCGAGAAAAGAGCUCGUUGUUGAAGUCGGAGAGUUCRGAGGAUGACGGUAUGGAACCAUCCUCUGGAACUUAUGGCGGACAGACGCACUUGAGCGAGAGCGAGUCAGAAAGUGAAAGCGUUACGGAAGAAGUAAAGGCUGCUGAAAAUAUCAAAUUGAUUGAAAGUGAAACUGUUGGUACUAAAUAUUCAAAAGACGGUAACGUUAAUUAUAAAAAACAAAUUAACAAGGACAACACUGGGAUGAAAGCCGCUAAAUCACCACGAGAUACCACUAGUAAUAAAAACACUGGAUCCAAGAAAGUUAAUUCUGUUGAUGCAAAGAAAAAGGUUCCUACAAAACAAACUAAUGAUAGUAAAGCGAACAGACCGAAGGUUUCAGCGCAAGGUCGAGGGUCUUCAAGGGGCUCUAGUGUAGAGAACAGUACAGAAGAUCUAACAAAGAAGGCUUCUAAAAUUGCUGGUAGUAUUGGAACAGAGCGUCAUGUGCGAGUCAAACAAGCAUCAGGGAUGGCUGUUAAAGAUGAAAGACCUAGAACUAAAAAGAUUAAUCAAGAGGUGAGGAAGCAUGCGCCUGGUCUGCCGGUUAAGGAAACAACGAGUACGAUUAGGCAAGCUACUGGGAGAAGUAAAGAAAAUCUUAAUUUAAAAGAGGAGAAGAAGAAAACUAGAAGUCCCGUCGAUUCUGGAGAAACGCUGGCUAAGAAGACACGGUCAGAGGCACAAGAUAGAUCAAGAAAAGCAAAUGUACCCGUCAAGAAAGAGGAGAGAAGUAAAGAGAAUGUAAACGCGACGAAGAAUGAAACAAGAAGUAAAAAUACUCGUAAUGGUGACAUAGUAAAAACAAGACCAAGGCCAAAGAUCUCGACAAAGAAUUAUGUUGCCAUAGGAACGGAAGAUGAUGACGAGCCCCUUGAAGAAACGAAUGAACUUUUUGUCGAUGAAAAUAAAACUUCGAAGACAAAAACACUCGAAACUCGAGAAAUAAGCCAGGAAAAUGCUAAACCCAAGCAGAAACCUCGUGAAAGAAGCAGCGUGAAGACGUUGAAGACUAAUGAACAACCGGUUGGUAAAGGACAUACAAAACAUGACAGGAGUAAACAUGUCUGGUUGUGUAGAGAUGAUGAGAUUCACAAGCUGAUUGCUCAGAAGGCGUCGCUGUUGAAGGAAUAUGAAUCAGGGAGUCUAGCUGGAAAACAUGUCUAUCACAAGCUACAUAAAAACAAGUCCUUUUCGGGUCAAAAGGGUAGACACGGUAAAGAAGAAGAACCUGGCUUGGACAUGCCAGAAGUAGGUUUCUCUGGAAACAAAUCCAAAUCAAGGUCUACCCGACCAAUGAGCGAAAUUAUAGGAGACAGAGAACCCUACACGUCAAGGAAACGAGAAAACAGACGCUCCCUACAGCACAGGUACUCCGGCUCAUCCUCAGAGGAUGAUGAUGAGCGCACCAACAAGGCCGCAGCAGCUAAGAGAGAUAAGGGUCCAUCUGGGACGUUCUCCGUGGGGAUGUCAUCCAGAAAUUUUGCUACACAGAAACACGAGGAUCAGUCAGACUCGGAGCACGAGGAAACAUGUGAAUACUGCGCGGCUGAGAAGGCCGCAAAGAAAGCUCAAGAAAGAGAUUUAGCAUGGGAGGGCCCUCAUCAUCCAAGGAAUCUGCUUCUUGGCGUCGUCUAUACAGCCAAGUAUCUGGGAUCAUCACAGAUAAUGUCGGCCCAGUCCCCCAACCGGUCGGUACGAAUGCAGCAAGCCCAGGAAGCAGUUGGACGAAUCAAGGUACCCGAAGGCGAAGAUCAGCCGACAACAGAUGUGGAUUUAUUUAUUUCUACUGAAAGAAUUAAAGUCGUAAACUCUAUUAAUAAGGAAAUCAUGAUGGACCACGCCCUACGUACCGUAUCGUUCAUCGCCGAUAUCGGGGAUGUACUUGUCCUCAUGGCCCGUAGACCCCCAGGAGAUAAUGAAAACAUCCUAGAAACCAAACCCUCAUCAACACAGAUUCUAGCCAGUGUUGCUAAGGCUGAAACCGAUCCCAAGAUGAUUAAAAUCACGUGUCAUGUGUUCCAGGCUCCGGAGGCACAAAUCAUAGCUAAAAGUAUCGGUCAGGCGUUCAAUGUCGCUUAUCAGGAGUUCCUACGAACCAACGGAAUAUCAGAAGAAAGCGUUGAAGAUGCGGAGUACAACUGCGUGUUAGAGGCGCAAAAGAUCCUGGGAGAAGAUUUAUCGCUGCUUUCUGAUGCCAGUAAAUCAAGAGAGGUCGUAGUAAACAAGAAACCAGCCGAGUCUCUAGGUAUCAUGAUCGUAGAAUCAGGCUGGGGAUCCAUGAUCCCAACAGCCAUCAUAGCACAUCUUGCUAAAGAAGGACCCGCUGCUAAAUCUGGACGACUAAACGUUGGAGAUCAAAUACUGGCUGUGAAUAAUACUAGUCUUGUUGGGCUACCUUUGGUGGAAUGUCAGACAAUUAUCAAGAACUCCCGUCCAGGAACUAAAGUGGUAAUGAAGGUGGUAUCGUGCCCACCCACUGUCCAGGUAGUGGUAAACAGACCAGACACUAAGUACCAGUUGGGAUUCAGCGUACAGAAUGGAAUGAUUUGCAGUCUAAUGCGGGGUAGCAUAGCUGAACGUGGAGGAGUACGUGUGGGACAUAGGAUUAUUGAAAUUAAUGGUCAAAGUGUUGUAGCGACGUCACAUCAACACAUAGUCGACCUGUUGGCUUCAACUACAGGAGAGAUUCGUAUGAAGACGAUGCCUGCCUCAAUGUACCGUCUAUUAGUCGGACUAGACGUCCCUCAAUAUAUAUAAUCAAGGAAUAUGGCGAUCAAGGUGCAUGGUUGGAUCAACAGACCGUCAGCAGGCGUUUGCUGUGGAGCUGCAGGAUUCUCGUUUAAGAUAAGGAAAAAUAAUCGAUCUUGCUUGAUCAUUCGAUUCUAACUUUUCGAUUGAUCAUUUAACCCCAUAUUUGAUCUACAACUGAUAUUUGACUCCGCCUCGAAUAGAAUUACCUUUCAGCGAAAUGGUUCUCCCAGUUGUCGACAACCAACAUUUCUUAAAAAUGAUCAAAAUUAUGCGGUGGACAAAAAAGAUUGAUACAAUAUCUGCGCUGUUCUUGCGGUUAGUGUUGGAUUCUGCAUUAUCUUUGUAUUAUAUCUCGACAAAUACUGGAAUUCAAAUGCGUCCAUCGGGCUUGUUAGAGCUCAAAUUCUAACGUAUUCCGUACGUUUCCAUGCCAACGCCAAUCUACUUUUUACCGCUGGCCAAAAACGAACGAUUAUACACAAGCAGCGAAUGAUACUCGUGAGAGAUUCGGAAAAAUCCUUCGUUCUUUUACCUUCGAUUCUUUUACUUUCCGUGAGUUCUUCACAAUUUUAUUUAUGACGAUAGGAAGGAUGUGGAUAAUGGUGUUACAGAAACUGGAGAACAUAGUUUUGAAUAAUCGCUAUGAAGAUUUUAUGUUGACUUCAAAUACUAUGAAUAGAUCAGAAAAAUAACUAGCUACAUAGAUUGGUCAAAGAUUGUAAAAUACUGAAAGCACAACUUGAUGAAUAUAAUGGUGGUUACCAUGACUACAGGACCGUUGUCAUGACAAUGAUUUAAAGAUGUUUGGUAUCACGUCAUCAAGUUUCGUCGUAGUUGCCAUGGCCACAGAAAGAGUGUCAUGACUAUAAUAUGGUUACCAUGACUUGAUAUGGUUACUAUGACUACAAGGUGUUGCCACGACUACUAAAUGACGACUUCAACUUCAGGAUGAAUGCCACAACUACUACUAAAUUGUUGCCAUGGUUACGAGGUAGUUGUCAUGACAACAAGAUAGCAAAAACAUGGCUGAUAAAGUCCGCUAAAAAUUCUGGUAGCUUCUUCAAAGAUAAACAAUAUAUCUUCACCAAAAUUUCUAAUUUAUUUCUAGAUUUACCAUAAGUGCUCGGAAUAUUUUAACGAUAUUGUCUUAAAAGAAAAAACUAGAGACAAAAGUAUUAUUGGACAAAAUUCUUUUAGCUUAGUAAAUGUUAGACUACGUGUGCGAGAACUAUGGGAAACCAAACCUGACCAGAUCUGACUUUAAUAUUAAAAUUACCGAGUUUGACUUUAAAUCGUAAAAAAACCACCAGAAAUAUUAUAAAUCAAUAUUUGUGAAAUGCGUAAAUUAAUAAUACAUUCACCAGGCUUACCUAUACCAAUCUGUAGUGAACGUUUUUAACAGAAAUCAAAUAAAAAUAUAUGUAAAGUUUA